GGGUCACAAACACAGUCACAGCAGUCAAAAAUGCUCAGAUGGCAGAAUCCCCUCUACUGUUAAUAGGUGGAGCUGCUGCCACACUCUUGAAAGGUCGAGGAGCUCUGCAAGACAUUGAUCAGCUGUCCCUGUUCAGACCUCUUUGCAAGUUCUGUGCCACUGUGUCGACUGUCAGGGAUAUUGUCCCCACUCUACGGAAAGCCCUGCAGAUUGCUCAGUCAGGAACUCCAGGUCCAGUAUUUGUGGAGUUCCCAAUUGAUGUUCUCUACCCCUACCAGCUGGUGAAGAAAGAGAUAGGGAUGAAGACAGGGCCCAGCGGCUUAGUGCAGCGAAUCAUUAAUUGGUAUCUGGAAAACCAUCUGAGCAACUUGUUCGCUGGGGCCUGGGAAGACAGAAACCCUGGACCUCUGCCUGUAGAGUUUCCGAGAGCCAGCAGUAGUCAAGUGCAAAAGUGCAUAGAGCUGAUAUCUCGUGCCAAAAAGCCGGUGAUACUGCUGGGAAGCCAGGCUACUCUGCCUCCUACGCCAGUCGAGGAUCUGAGGAAGGCUUUAGAGACUUUGGGUGUCCCAUGUUUCCUUGGUGGCAUGUCUCGUGGGUUACUUGGACACCGUAGCAAUAUACAAGCUCGUCAGAAAAGGCGGGAAGCCCUUAAGGAAGCUGACCUGAUUAUUCUUGCAGGAGCUGUUUGUGACUUCCGACUUGGCUAUGGCAGAGUUCUGCCUAGACGCAGCAAAAUUGUUUCUGUCAACAGAGACAACAAGCAGCUUCUGAAGAACUCUGAUAUGUUCUGGAAGCCAACCCUUGCUGUCCAGUCUGAUGUUGCCAGUUUUUUGGUUGCAGUUGUCGGUGGCCUGAAAGGCUACAAGUGCGAUUCUGAAUGGGUGAAAUUACUGCAGUCUCGAGAUCUGGAAACGGAGAAAGCUAACCUUGCCAGAUGUUCUGAAGUGACUGAUGUCCACCUGAAUCCCAUCAAAGUCCUGCAUGCUGUCGAGGACAUCUUGUCGGACGAUGCCAUCCUGGUUGCUGACGGUGGUGACUUUGUAGCCACAGCAUCAUAUAUCCUCAGACCGCGUGGCCCCUUAAGAUGGCUCGAUCCAGGUGCAUUUGGAACCUUGGGAGUUGGAGGAGGUUUUGCUCUCGGCGCCAAACUGUGCAGACCGGAAUCUGACGUGUGGAUUGUGUAUGGGGAUGGUUCACUUGGGUACAGCCUUGUGGAGUUUGACACAUACAAAAGACAUCAGACUCCCAUUUUGGCACUUGUGGGUAAUGAUGCCAGCUGGAUGCAGAUUGAGAGGGAGCAAGUUCCAAUAUUUGGGUCAAGUGUCGCUUGUAAACUUCAGUAUUGUGAGUAUGAUGUUUGUGCCCAAGGACUUGGUGGCAGAGGGCUGCGACUGGACAGAACAAAUGAGGAUCAACUGGAGGCACUUCUGCGCAAAGCUGUGGAAGAAUAUCGGCAGGGAAACAGCGUCUUGAUAAAUGUGCUCAUCGGAAAGACAAAUUUUCGUGAAGGAAGCAUUUCUGUGUGA